AUGAUAGAUUUAUCAUCUUUUCCAGAAUACAAUGGAUCUUGCCACCCGGAAGAUUGGCUUCGUGAAUUUCUAUUCGUUGCAACCGUUCAGGAAAAUAAAUUAUCGGAGUCUGAGAUAAUUAGCCUUGCACUCUUAAAAAUUAGUCGCUCAAUUUAUAGAAAUAAUAAUUCCAUUAAAAAUAUUUCGCAACUUCUCAAGUUUCUUAAAGCUGAUCCUUCGUUUAGUAUUUUUAAAAUGGAAUCAGAAAGAAAGAUUAUGGCUUUACACUUCACAUAUUCAACUGAUGUAACACAUUUUAUCAUUGAACUACGGCAAUUGCUAGCAGACGCUGAAAUUUGUGAUUUUAAAUUACAAAAACAGUCUAUACUAAAAAUUUUACCUACUAAAUUUUUAGAUACAUAUAGAUUAAAAAUUGUCGAUUCUCACAAUAUUGAGGAUGUUUUUAUAAAUCUUCAAAAUUUUUUAUCUAAUUAUAAACGAGUAGUUAAGUAUGGAUCAGUAAUCACUUUACGUCAUUUCGGUACUGAAAAACUAUUAUCAAGUUCGCUGCAUAGAUAUACCGGUGGAACAAAGCAGUAUUGGGCAUAUGCAGUAGAUUAUCGUGCAACUGGUCCAACUGAUCAUGAAUUAUGGACAAUAAUGCCAGAAGUUAUUAAAGAUGGAAUUUCUCCAACAUAUAAUCCAGUAAAUAAUGGCAACAAAAUGAAAGGUUCAGUUGUGUGUAAUGGGGACAAAAUAACACUCCUAAAUAAUGGUACUGGACAAAAAUUACAUUCACAUAAACUUACUGAAGAGUUCAAAGUUCGCAAAUCCCCAGUAACUUCUCAACAGGAAGUUACAUGCCAAACCUGGAACAAUUCGGAUGAUAAUUGGGUUGUCCAGCAUGAUAUUCAUAAUAUAACUUCUGAAGACCAAGAGCCCUGGAAUGAAUGCCAUAAUAUCGUUCUUAUGCAUGUUAAAUCUAAUUUGGGAUUAAAUAGUCAUCCUUAUAUGUUGAAUAAUGAUUAUCAAGAGGUUACAUGUUUUGGUGAUAAAGCCAAUACUUCGAAAUGGCGUGUUGAAAUCUUGAAUGACUUGUUUCAAAAACCGUGA